UUGAAGAGUGUGUAACGCUGGCCGCUAGGGCCUAGGUCUUAUGUAAGACCGCUGACCGGCUCAGAAGAGAGCAGCCGGCCAUCUUGUUUUGAACAUUAUUCAUGACUUCCUCAUCUUUGUCAAUAAAACCAAUUGAACAUCGAGGAGUAUUUUCUUCAUGAGGAAGUCAUUAUCAUGGUGAUCGUCGAAUGUUCGGUACCCAACUGUGACUUCAAAACACAGGAUGUCUCUGAUGCAAUCGCCGUAGCGUUACUAAAUAACCACGGCCUCGCACAUCAAGCACUACCUCCCGCUCCUACUGCCCCACCGCCGGCCCGAGGCCCGAAACUCGACCGACCCAAAGUGGACAUAGGGAUCUCUAUCGAGGAAUGGAACAUAUUCAUGCGCCGAUGGGGGGUUUUCCGUUCUGGAUCUGGCAUCACUGACGCCCAGGCGCCUUUCCAACUGUUCCAGUGUGCCGGCCCUGACCUCGGGGACAGCCUACUGAAAGCCAACCCAGGAGCCACCUCGUUGCCCUUGCAAGAUUUGACCGCAGCCAUGCGCUCGCUAGCUGUCAUUCCUAUCGCUACAUGUGUCCUCCGUACCGAGCUGCUCCAGUUAAAACAGGAACGGGACGAAACCUUUCGUGCAUUCGCAGCCAGGGUGCGGGGAAAAGCGGAAACGUGCGCAUACACAGCAGCAUGUGCGUGUGGCCAACCCGUUGACUACACCGACCACAUCAUACGCGACGUCCUUUUAAAUGGCAUUUACGACUCAGACAUAAGGCGUGAGACUCUGGGCAUUACAGAUAUCUUGACCAACCCAAUUAAUGACGUCAUUGCCUCGGUGGAGAGUAAAGAGAUGGCUCGCAACGCCCUACCGUCUUCAACCCUGUCCGCGAUGUCGUCCUUCCAGCGUAACAAAAACACGCCACCCUCAGACCAGUCACCAAGCGCAGCAGAGAAAUCACGACAGGCCUCCUGUCCUGAUUGUAAAGUGUCAUUUCACGUCUUCUCAGAAGGAUCUCGGGGCUGGAAUUCCAAACCUCAUCAGGUAUGCAUCGAUUGCUACAGAGCCCGUAGGCGCAAAAGGCGACAACCAGCCAAAAGUCAACAGUCCGCCAUCGAGUCAGGCCCGAUCUCCCAGAUCGCAUCUCUACAAUCCGGAGCCGUACCUCGCUCUCGUGGUAGACCACAGAACGAGCCCGCCAAACUGGAUCACCAUAUCUUCACCAAGGGGGAGUGGCGACGAGCUCAACUCCGUGAUCAUCCGCGGACAAACAUCACUAUAUCGCUCGAUACUCCAUCAGCUUCGGGAGCCACUUCCCGUCCUCGCGAUCACCCCGUAGCUCAGAUAUCAGCCGUGGCCGACACUGGUGCCCAGUCCGACCUUUGGUCUCUAGAGGAGUUCCUUGCAUGCGGCUUCUCGCGCGAUGAACUGCAACCGGUCAACCUCAGCUUGUCGGCCGCCAACCGGUCUCCAAUAGCCAUCGACGGUGCUUUCUUCGCUAAACUCUCCACAGCUCCUCCCAACGGUGAGGCCACGUGCUGCCGUUCCAUGGUGUACGUGAGCAGCUCAGUCCGAGCUAUGUACCUCUCCUAUGAGUCCCUCCUCAACCUCGGUCUCCUAUCUACGGACUUCCCGACGAACCCGGUUGGAAGACACGACGGCCGCCGACCUACCCCCCAUGGCCGCAGCAUACCAGAGCCGCACUCAUCCAUCAACGCCACCCGUUCCAUCAACGGCGGCUGCACAGCACCAAACACCCCUUCUGAUCCGACCUGUCAUUGUCCCCAGCGUACGGUGCCACCACAACGUCCGUCGGAACUGCCAUUCCCCUGCACCCCGGAGAACAAUGGCCGCAUGAAAGACUGGCUACUCGAGAGGUAUGCCUCCUCGACGUUCAACACCUGCCCCCAUCGUGCGCUCCCGUGCAUGGACGGACCACCCAUCGAGAUACAUGUAGACCCAGCAGCCACACCCAGAGCGUGCCACACCCCGGCCACCAUCCCUCUUCACUGGCAGCAAAAGGUAUACGACGACCUUCUCCGGGACGAGGCCCUUGGUGUCAUCGAACGAGUGCCUUACGGGGAACCUGUCACAUGGUGCCACCGCAUGGUUGUGACCCGGAAGCACGACGGCUCACCGCGCCGGACUGUGGAUCUCUCGCCACUAAACAAAUUCUGCCAGCGCGAGACCUUUGCCAUGGAGUCUCCCUUCCACCUCGCCCGCCGAAUUCCGAAGGACACCUGGAAGACCGUCACCGACGCUUGGAACGGCUAUCACAGCGUUCCCUUACGCGAGGCAGAUCGACACCUGACCACUUUCAUUACGCCCUUCGGGCGCUGGCGCUACACCAGGGCACCACAAGGAUUCCUCUCGUCAGGGGAUGGCUACAACCGUCGUUUCGAUGCUAUCCUAUCAGCCUUUGAGCGCAAAGAGCGGUGUGUGGACGACACAAUCCACUAUGAUACUGACCUAGAACAACACUGGUGGCGAUCCAUCGACUUCCUUACAUGCGUAGGCCAGUCCGGUAUAGUACUGAACCCCGACAAAUUUCAGUUCGCCGAAAAGUGCGUGGACUUCGCCGGCUUUAGGGUGUCCGACUCAACCAUAGAGCCACUCCCUAAGUACCUGGAUGCCAUCCGUGAUUUCCCCACUCCUGAAUCGACGACAGACAUCAGAAGCUGGUUCGGUCUGGUCAACCAGGUGGCCAACUACGCCCAAUUGCGCGAGACCAUGGCGCCGUUUAAGCCAUUCCUGAGCCCACGGUGCAAAUUCACCUGGUCACCUGACCUGGAGUCUGCCUUCCAAGAGUCCAAAGAAGCCAUUGUUCAGGCAAUCCGCGAGGGCGUGGAAAUCUACGACAUGCAGAGGCGCACCUGCCUUCGCCCCGACUGGUCCCGAAGAGGUAUUGGUUAUUUCCUCCUCCAGCAACACUGUAGCUGCCCCUCUGGUAUACCUGACUGCUGCCCAGGAGGAUGGCGGAUCACUCUGGCUGGCUCACGCUUCCUCUCCCCAGCCGAACAACGUUACGCAGCCAUCGAGGGAGAGGCCCUGGCCGUUGCCUGGGGUCUCGAGCAAACCCGGUACUUCACACAGGGUUGCGACAACCUUGUGGUAGUCACCGACCACAAGCCUCUAGUCAAAAUCUUCGGCGAUCGCACCCUCGAUGAGAUCACCAACUCCCGUCUGUUCAGGUUAAAGCAGCGUACCCUCCCGUGGCGCUUCACCAUCACCCAUCGACCGGGAAAAAGUAACCAGGCGGCUGACGCCACAUCAAGACACCCAUCCCCAUCAGGCUCAACUAACAGUCUCGCAACUUCAACUCCUAGUGUACCGGACAUGGUUGAGUCGGCCCUCAUGGCCUCCAUCAGGAACGACGCACAUGAUCUUGGGGCCAUCUCGUGGCCGAUCCUCGCACAAGAGACUGCUACGGACCCAUGCCUAGGUCACCUCCUACGCCUCAUUGAACAAGAUGUUGUUGUUGACCCUAACGACCCGGCGCUUUCAAGUCUCGGACAUCUCUGUGAGUCGAUAUAUGCACAGGAUGGCGUUCUACUACUCAACGACCGUGUGGUUGUGCCCAUGUCCCUCCGCAAACGGGUCCUCCAGCACUUACACGCUGCACAUCAAGGAGCCUCUACUAUGGAGCAGCAAGCGCGUGCCAUUGUCUUCUGGCCGGGGAUGUCACGGGACAUUCAGGGCACCAGAGACGGAUGCACAGAUUGCAACCGCAACGCCCCGUCACAAGCGGCCACACCGCCCCUCCCGACCUCUCCGCCAUCUACCCCGUUCGAGGCUGUCUACGCUGACUUCUUCGACUUUGGUGGCCGCCACUACCUAGUUGUCGGAGACCGGCUCUCUGGAUGGGUGGAGGUCCUCAGCUCCACCGCAGGUACUGACCUAGGGGGCUCCGCUGGCCUGGUCCGUCACCUCCGAGCAUUCUUCGCCACCUUUGGCGUGCCAACAGAGAUAUCAAGCGAUGGCGGACCAGAGUUCACAGCAGGCGGCACCGAGACCUUUCUCCGACUUUGGGGGAUCAAACACCGCCUGUCUUCUGUCGGCUUCCCACAAUCCAACGGGAGAGCAGAAGUGUCAGUCAAAACAGCUAAACGUCUCCUGAUGUCCAAUACUGGUCCUAACGGCAGCCUUGAUAACGAUCGCUUCCUGCGUGCCAUGUUACAGCUACGAAACACACCGGACCGGGACUGCGACCUUUCACCAGCCCAAAUCAUAUUCGGUCGACCCCUUCGAGACUCCCUCAUGUUCGUCAAUCGACUAGAGAAGUUCUCUAAUCCACACAUCCGACCCCUGUGGCGGCAAGCAUGGGCGGCAAAGGAAGAUGCCCUUCGGACCCGCAUAUCACGUACCACCGAAUCAUUGACGAGCCACUCCAAACCACUUCGACCUCUGAAGCUAGGUGAAAGGGUCUUCAUCCAGAACCAGCAGGGCCCACACCCGAACAAAUGGGACCGCUCAGGCAUGGUAGUGGAGUCGCCAGGCCACGACCAAUACAGGAUAAAGGUGGAUGGCUCAGGACGGUUGACCCUGCGUAAUCGUCGGUUCCUUCGUGCAUACACCCCGGCCACGCCCACCCCAGACCAUCAGUACAGGACGCCACCACCUCCACCCAGAUCUCCAGAGUGUCAACCCACACUUAACAGCUCACCGUCGCCUCCCACAGGCAGUGGACCAUUGACGGGCAAUCCUCACGUCACCACCCAACUCUCACACGGUAGCCAUCCCGUCAUACCCACAGAGUGCAACCAGACAGUUCCACCCGCUGAACCCGUCGCUGAAACACCACCUACCACUCAAGCCAACAAUGACCCUGUAUCCUCUUGUAUGCCUGACGCCUCAUCUCAGGCCCCGCAGCCACUCCCUGAACCUAGAAGGCCAACUCGUGCGAGAACACGACCAAAACGCUACGAACCAGAGACAGGGAAUUGGACAGUAGCAGGAGUCCGUUCGUCUAGCCUUGUAUAGACUCUAGACUUAGUAUAGACUCACGGACUGGGGGGGAUGAAGAGUGUGUAACGCUGGCCGCUAGGGCCUAGGUCUUAUGUAAGACCGCUGACCGGCUCAGAAGAGAGCAGCCGGCCAUCUUGUUUUGAACAUUAUUCAUGUAAGUCCUACGCGUUCAUUUGUUAUAUCCUAGUUACCGUUAUUUGUAAUCCUCAGUUUAAUUAUAAUCCUUGAUUUAUUGUAUUGCCAUAGGACUUCCUCAUCUUUGUCAAUAAAACCAAUUGAACAUC